CACCACCACCCACCGCUCGUCCGACGAGCCGUCCGUGUCGCUGUUGGUGCCGUGAGACUCGUGUCUUCGUCGCCGUCGCGCCGCCGUCGCCCGACCUCCCUCGACACCGCCGCUGGACGCCGUCACCCCUCGCUCGCCUCGCCGCUCAGCCGCUUGCCGUCGACGCCGCCGUUGGACGCCGCUCGUCCCCGGUGGAGGCUGCUCGCUCGCCCAGCCCCCCAAUCAGCCUUAACUCCACACCCCUUCGCCUCCACCUCCAGCUCAGUCGCACCCCCACUCUCUCUCUCCUUCCGCCUAUCCGGUCGGGGGCGACGCGGGACGCCCUUGGAGACUCCGGCGGGGGCCUACUGGCUGAUCGACGCCCUCGUCGCUGACUCAUGGCGCGUUCCCGAGAUCGUGACUUCUUGUUUUGCGACUUCUGUGGGACGAUGCUUACGUUAAGUUCGGUUAAGUUUGCAAAGUGCCCUUUGUGUAAUUUUAAGCGGAGCACUAAAGAUAUUGCUGGAAGAGAAAUUAAGUACAGAGUAACCGCUCAGGACAUAAGGAGGGAGCUUGGCAUGUCUACCUUCGAGGAGGGGGAGCUGAAAUUGGCAACGAUAACUCGGAAGUGUGAAAAAUGUGACAACGAUGAAUUCGAGUAUACUCGGAAGCAGAUGAGAUCGGCAGAUGAAGGGCAGACUACAUUUUUGACUUGUACCAAAUGCAGGGAUACUAUUACGGAAAACUAACUGUAUGACUUAUCAGAUUAUUAUGCAAUUUUGAAUCUGCGGGAGGCUUUGUACCAUAUGGUGAUGGUUACACUGCUAAGUUUCUUGUUUCAAGUUUGUGCAUCUCGUUGUAGAAUUUCCAGAAUGAGCUAGAGUUUCACUGGAGCAA